AUGGUCCUGGGAUUCCUAAUCCGGGGCUUGGAGGUUUGGCUCACUAUUCGACUCCUCCGAAGCCCUAUCUUCCAUCGCAUGGUUGGAAAAGUCCACCAGAGGGUCCAGCACCACAGGCAUGGAGUGCCUCUUCCACCGAAGGAAGAACUCGGAGGAUCACAUCAUGAAGCGGAUGGUUUUGAUUUCAAGAAAUUCUUCGGGCAUUUCAAGGAAGAGUUCAAAGACCAACUCAACGGGCGCACGAAGAACAAAUGA